GUGAGUGCCUGGAACUCAAUUUCACACACAGGCACACACACAGGGAGACGGUUCUCUGCUGCAGCUCCCUGCUGGCUUUAGUGGAUUCACAAUCUCUUCCCUUCACUUGUGGUUGGGUCACUUCACAGGAGAGCGAGCCAACGUGCCCUAAGGGGCUCGGAGAAUGGAGGACAGUAUGUGACCGGUGCCUAACUAACCGCUCCGCUUCACUGUCGGCAACAUGCUUCGUCUUCGCCGGAUGAUGGCUUUGUGUUUAAGGUGCUCUCUCCUCGCCAUUCUUCUCCACAUGACGGUGUUUGCGGACGAAGAGGUGGAUAUUACGAAGCCGACAGGACUGCCUGCCAGUAAGGGAAGGUCCUAUUGGUCCUUGUCCAUGUUCCCAUCACUCCCGGCUGCGCCGUCGUUUCCGUUUUCUUCGCUCAACCUGUGGGGAGGGAAGUCACAGACUAAGAAUGUAGGGCCCCAAAGGACCACACCAACAGAGGGACCAACAAAGGGACCGUCAAAGGGACUGAUAAAGCCCAAGAGAAGGAUGGACAACCCAACAGAGAGACCAACAGAGAGACCUACAGAGAGACCAACAGAGAGACCAACAGAGAGACCAACAGAGAGACCAACAGAGAGACCAACAGAGAGACCAACAGAGGGACGAAUGAAGCCUGAGAAUUCAUCGGGACGUUCAGGGUCUGGGGAGGAGAGUAUUUCUAAAACCCCUCAAUCCUCCACCAUCACCUCUUGGACUGAAAAUCACCCCAGCUCCACUGAGAUAAGAAUGGUAACAAACCCACAGACAGUCACUCCUAACAAGAGCACACAAAUAAACACCAAAGAUAUCUUAGAUUCUAUAACCGCUGUCUUAGAUUCCAUAUCCUCUGUUUCUAUGUCACAGGGGGUUUAUAUAUCCUCAGAUAGUCUCACCAGCACAAACACACUGCCACAGACAAUAACACACACACACCUGUCACCAGAAACGGCCCAAACGUUUAGUGUCACCACUAAACCUUUCCCCAAGGAAACAAAGAGCCAAGAUGAACUAGUUUCCAAGAGUGACCCUCUCACAGCCUCUUUCCCACUCCUGACGUCCCCAGAAACCACAGUCCCCACAACCCUGGUCACAACUCCACCAAGGAUCACCGUCAAUCCAACACAGGUGAAGACCACACUGACCAGACAACCCUUUGACUCUGGCACCCCACCCACGUCCCCACAAACCAGGGUCACCACAAGAUGGCUGGCCUCGAUCGUAAGCACCGACAUUGGAGCUAAAGAGGCCACGGUCACCGAAACUCUGAGUUCACCAGACCUGGGUUUUUCCGAGGCCAAAGCCGGGCCUGUGGAGGAACGACCGGGAGCGAACACCACCACGAGAAUAGAGGAUGGAGCAGAGGAUAGAACACCAAGCACAACUCAAAGCCUAAGGGUUAACUCACCAACACCAGGAGGUAACCUUCCUGAUCCUGAAGACUGGCUGUCCGACCCAACAGGCAGUGAAGCCACCUACCUCCCAGACUGCAAUCAGGAACGUUCGGGAAUCUGCAACGUCUCCGACACCUGGGCGCCGGCCACCACCUCUGAUGUCCUCCCCACCGCCAACACCCCCUCCGCCAACCAAUCAAAUAACCCCUUCCUGAUUCCGGCCCGGCCUAUGUUCGUUCCCCUGCACUCUGAUUGGAACAGCGCCAUGGCCGCCUGGGGGUUAGCCUGGGAUGCCCACGUGUACGGUCUGGGCUCCAUCUUUGCCAUGGUGACCCUGGCCUCGGCACUCAACCUGCUGUGCCUGCCCCUGCGCUGCCCUUCCGGCUGUGGCUACUUCGCCCUGGUCAACGUCUUCCUCCUGGCUGCAGGGUGUACCAGGGCUUUCUCCCUCCUCUACGAUGCCUACGGCCACCAGGACCGGCUGCCCUCCACCGAGGCCUCCCUGCUGCUCUACGAAGCCCCGUUCCCCUGCCUGACUGCAGCCUUCGGCCUGGUCUUCCUGCUCCUCUCCAUGCGCUCCAGGAUGCAGCUAUCCUACUCUGCCUUCCAGAGGCCCUGUUUCCUGGCCUGUCUGGUGUUGCUGCACUUCGCUGCAGCUUUCGGUCCCGUCGCACUGCUAAAGCUCUACCAGAGGAGGGCGCCCUUCUGCCUUUUCAUCUCACUUAUCUCCCGGGGAGCGUUUGUGGCGCUGGCUUCUUUUCUAUCUGCCGCCUAUUUUGUGUUCUUCUGCUACGUGCGGGCGGACUCAAAGCACAUUUACCACCUGAAUAACACCUCGCCCACUCCAGCUGAGCGAUACAACCGCUGUCCCUUUGCUGAGAGCAGGGACUGGGACCGUGCGGCUGCGACAGUGUGCCUUUCGGCUCUGUUCUGCCUGGCAUGCACCGGGCUGCAGCUGUACGCCAUGCUCCACGCUCUGGGGCUGGCCGGAGGGGCAGAGGGCUUCUGCCCCUGGCCUUGGUGGACCUUCCAGCUCAGCUGCAGGGUUUGUGAGGCCGGGGUUUGUCUCACCCUAGCCCUGGUGGUGUCCCAGCCGAUCUACUGCUCCGACCACCUUCCCCAGCCUGGAAGCUGCUGGACGGAGCUGCUGGCAAUCAAGUCGCCCAUUAUGCCGGGAACCUACCAGUGGACCCUGAGCCAGCAGGAGAAGCUGGCCAUCUGCGACAUUGGGCACGGGGAGACUGAGUGCCUGCCCCUCUACACGCUGAUGGAUGAAAGGCUAGGUAGCAGCUUGAAUGGCCUGGACCUCCUGUACCACAGCAACCGGGCCUUGGCUUACAGAGACCUGGACCUGAAUUUGGAUCUGACUGGCUCCAGCAAGCCCGAGGACAGGGGAGGUGGAGUGGCGUCCGGGGGUUCCUCCUUCACCAGCGACUCCACGGCUGACCUGCGGCCGCCAUCGCCCAUCAACCUACGCCGUAGUAUUGACGAGGCGCUCUUCAGCGAGGACCUCUUUCCCAUAAGCCUCUUCAGCCCAUCCAUAGCUUUUUGCUGCAGUGACCUGUCACUUAACAUCCCCUACUCCAAGUCCACCCUGCCCAAUGGUGGCCAGGUGCUUCGAGGGACCCUCUCAGCCGACCCAGGCCUGUACCGGACGACCUCCUGUGUGGAGAUGGUCCCCCCGCCCCCAACCCCUCUACCAAACCACCCCCUGGCGGGCAACACCAUCCUGGGUGCUGCACCAUCUCCCUCCCUGUCCUCCAACUCCCCAGAUCGCUGGACGGGAAGUUCCUCCUCCUGCUCCCUGUACAGACCCUCCCUAAGGGGGUCCUCUCUGGUCCUCUACUCCAGGCCAGAGGGGCACGCCCAACCUCCAUCCCUAGGCGGUAGCUCAGGCUGCAUCACAGCCUCCAGCCACCAGGGCUCACACCUACAGAUACACUAUUGCACACUAGGGUCAGCCUCACAGGAGAGUCUUGACCUAGAGUCUGAAGCGGACCGGUCCGUACAAGAGGAGUUCAUCAAUGUCUGCAGACAGAUUGAUGCGAUGAGCAUCUGCAGUGAGACAAUUGACCUGUAGGCAGAGCUCUCAACAGUCAACGGCUAAAGACUGAGGACUGGACUGAAAUAAGGUGUUGUGAAGAAGAUUUCAAGAUGGCGUCGCGAUUUGUAAGGAGCAACAAGCGGUUUGAUUAAUUAGGCUAGCCUUCAUUGUCAAGAAAGGUAAAAUAGUGCCAAAUGUUUGAGUAAAUGAACUGAGAGCGUUUGUUUGAGAAUGUUGACAAGAGUAUUUUAAUUGCCACAGAAUGCCACAAGCCAAUGAGAAAUGUGACUUUUUUUUCACAUUUGCUAUUGGAUGAUGAAGUUUGAUACGUUACUAAAAGUUGUGGGUUUUCCUGUGCAUUUCAAGAAGGAAACAGUAAAGCAAACUACAUUUGUACAAAAGUUUUGCAUUCGAAUAAAUAAUACUGUGAUUGAAAUAAGCACUUAAUAAACAAGACUACUGAAAUCUUA